AAAAUCUGCAUUUUCUCCACAUGCCAAAGAAAGACUGAAAAGUUGCUGAUGAGUGUGGACACAACUUUCCAGACUUCGCCCUUCACGCUGUUUACCCCUCCCCCGUCCUUUUGUUCGUUAGUGGAGUACUUACACUACAUAUAGAGAGAGUAACAGAGCCACUACUCUCUCCACACACACACACACACAAAAAACACCUUCAUCGCCGAUACAUACCUCAUUUUCAUUCCGAUUCCGACUCCGACUCCGACUCCGACUCCGACGUCGCAAGUGCAUGAGAUGUGUGCGUAUGAGUGAAUUGCUAUAAACAACAGUGAUGGUGCACAAGAAGCGGACUCACGCUCCUCGUCCAAAGCACUCGGCUGUUCACGAAAAUGCUGCAAUUCCGUUGCUUGAAUCGGACCAAAGCCUAGUUUCGGUGCAGAAGAGUAAAAAGGACGCUACGGCGGUGGUUGGAGGUGAGAAGAAUGUUGUAUCGCCGUCGUUAGCUUCGAUAAAGCUUGAAUGUGAGCGUGCCCUGACAGCCUUGCGUCGGGGGAACCAUACGAAAGCCUUGAGGUUGAUUAAGGAACUGUGUAGUAAGCAUGAGAGCUCGCCUCAUGCAGCGCUUAUUCAUCGUGUUCAGGGUAGUGUUUAUGUGAAAGUGGCUUUAUUGAUUGAUGAUCCCAAUACUAAACGUAGACAUUUUAACAAUGCAAUUGAGAGUGCUAGGAGGGCGGUGUCACUGUGUCCAAAUUCCAUUGAGUUUGCACAAUUCUAUGCUAAUUUGUUGUAUGAGGCUGCAAAUGAAGCGAAGGAAUAUGAGGAAGUUGUGCAGGAAUGUGAAAGGGCGUUGGCCAUUGAGAAUCCCAUAGAUCCUGCGAAACAAAGCUUACUGGAGGAAAGUCAACAGAAGGAUGAGACUCCUCGUGCUCGGAUUGACCAUGUACGGAGUGAUCUCCGGAGUUUAAUUCAGAAGUCGAACAUUGCAACCAUUUCUACUUGGGUGAAGAAUAUAGGCAGUGGUGAGGAAACAAUCAGGUUAAUCCCCAUUAGGAGGCGUCCGGAGGACCCAAUGGAUCAAGCAAGGAGGUCAAAUCAGAUUAAAAAGGCAAACAAGACGCCUGAAGAGAGGAGGAAGGAGAUUGAGGUCCGAGUGGCUGCUGCAAGGCUGUUGCAACAGAAGUCUGAAACUGUCAAGAUGCACAAUGAUGGAGAAAAAGCUCUGGAUCUUACAGAGGAAUCAAUGCAGAGAAUUGGUGAGAGGAGGAAGAGCGGAAAUGCUAGGAAAAAUCCGUCUGCCACAGAGAGAAGGGAUCGGGUCCAGUCAUAUUGGAACUCCUUGACUUUGGUUAGGAAGAAAGAGUUGCUUAGAAUUGCAAUUUCAGAUCUCAAGGCUCAUUUUAGUGCAUCAAAAGACAGAUUGGCUAUUGAAGUGCUAUCUGAGGCUCUAUCAUUUGCUGAAACCAGUAAAGAUUGGAUGUUUUGGACGUGUUGUCGCUGCAAUAAAAAAUUUAUUGACUCUGUAUCGCACAACUAUCAUGCUGAGCAUGAACAUAUUGGAACUUUGCGGCCUAAAUUGCAGUCCGUUUUGCCUCAGACUGUGGAGAAUGAGUGGGUGGAGAUGCUUUUGAACUGUUCUUGGGAACCCUUAGAUGUUAGUGCGACUGUAGAUAUGCUUGAUAAACUAUCAGGAUCUCAAAGACAGGGUCCUCGUGAUGAAAAACACUCAGGAUAUAACACAGAAGAGUGUUUUCUUGAUGAAAAGCACCCACGAGAUAACACUGAUGAAAGGUACCCACGAGAUAACACAGAUGAAUGUUUUGUUGAUGAAAAGCACCCAAGAGGUACAGAAGAGUGUUUUCUUGAUGAAAAACACCCAAGAGAUAACACAGAAAAGUGUUUUGUUGAUGAAAAGCACCCAGGAGAUACAGAAGAGUGUUUUCUUGAUGAAAAGCACCCAAGAGAUAACACAGAAGAGUCUAAAUAUGGCUGUUCUGAGGUUUUCUGCAGUGAAGACAAUGGGGAUUCGACACCUAGAAAGAAGAAAUUCGGCGAUAUACCAAACCCUGACAUGGUUGAAAGCAGAUUAUGUGAUAAGAUCUCAGACAUUGAGUUGAUGGAUUGUGAUGAGAAUUAUGAUACUAAGAAUUGUUUCCUUCCUGACAAGUGGCCUCUAUCUGAUGAUCCCCACCGAGCAAAGCUUCUUGAAAAAAUUUCUUCUGUAUUCCAGAAGCUUAUUAAAAGUAAAUGUCUUGCUUCAAGUCAGCUCAGCAAGGUUGUUCAUUUUGCAGCGGAAGAGCUUCAGGGUCUUGCUUUUGGCUCCCAACUUUCUAGCUUCAAUGUUGAUCAAAUUCCCUUAUGCAUAUGCUUUCUAGGUGCCGAGCAAUUAAAAGAAGUGCUAAAGUUUUUGCAAGAGCUUUUGCAUUGUUGUGGCUUAGGUAGGUAUUCUGAGAAAAUUAGCGCCCGAGAUGGAGCAAGCAAUUCUAGUCAAGGAUUUGACGACCUGGAGAAAUUAGUUUUCAGUGAAGAUGGUUCAUGUUUAUUGUUUGAUCAGCGUUUCCUGCCAUGCAGAUUUACUCGCAGCUCAUGUCCAGAUAUAGUUUCUAUUGACAGAACUGCACAUGUUUUGUCUAGUAAUCAAAACCAGAAUGGAGCUGAACUUGAUCCAGAGGCCUUGUUGUCCUGGAUAUUCGAAGGUCCAUCAAGUGCAGAACAAUUGGUAUCCUGGACAUGUGCAAGAGAAGAGAAAGCACAACGAGGUAUAGAAAUUCUCCGUUUUCUUGAGAAGGAGUUGAAUGACCUGCAAUGUUUAUGUGAGAGAAAAUAUGAACAUUUAAGUUACGAGGAAGCACUGCAGGUAGUAGAAGAUAUUUUUUUAGAAGAGGGUAAGAGAAGAGAUCAGGCAACCGAAUUUGUCCUACAAAGUUAUGAUUCUGUCUUGCGGAAGCGGCGAGAAGAGCUCAUAGAAAGUGAUAAUGAUGUUACAAUUUUCGGCUAUAGGUCUGAGUUGAAUGCUAUAUCAAAUGUUCUGAAGGAAGCAGAAUCUCUCAAUGUCAAUCGGUUUGGUCUUGAGGAAAGUAACAGUGGUGGAACAUCUCAACUAGGUGACAUUGAAUCUGGUGAAGAGGAUGAAUGGAAACUGAAAGACUACAUUCAUCAAGUGGACUCUUGUGUGGAAGUUGCACUACAGAGACAGAAAGAAUGUGUCUCCAUUGAGCUGUGCAAAAUAGAUGCUCGAAUCAUGGGAGUGGUUGCUAGGAUGCAGCAGCUAAAAGUAAAGCUUGGGCAUGCAUGUGCCCAGGAUUAUCGGAGUAUUUUAGUGACUCUGUUGAAAUCAUAUAUGCGGACACAUCUGGAGGAUCUGGCUACGAAGGAUGCUACCGAAAAAUCUGAUGCUGCUAGUGAAGCUUUUUUGGCUGAACUUGCUCGUGAUUCAAAGAAUAGUUCUGGUGGAGGCAAUGGUUGUUCUAAGCAUACACAUGAAAAAGUUAAAGAUAAGAAAAAAAACAGAGAGUAUCGGAAAACCAAGGGUUCAAAGCCUACUAGUGGCAACGAACUGCAUUUGCUUCGCUAUCAGACUAUGGAAGAUAUCUCAUUUGCAGUUACUUGUGAUGGAGAGAAUCAAGGUGAUGAAACGGUUGGAAAUGGUGAUUCCUUUAAUGAACAGGACAAGGAGUAUAGACGUAGGAUUGAACUCGAAUCUGAGGAAAGAAAGCUUGAAGAAACUUUGGAAUUUCAAAGACGAAUGGAGAAUGAGGCCAAACUGAAGCAUCUGGCCGAGCAAACUAAGAGAACUGCAAAAACAUGUCCACAGAGUGUUGAUGCAGUUAUGAAGUCUGAUACUUGCUCAAAGUACCGUGAUAAUGGUCAAUUAAUCAAUGGGCAAUUGAAGAGCAGUAAGAGGAAAGAAUUUCCGGACAGUUUAGGAAGUCUUCCAAAAAUCAGUACUGAAGAAAUGUCACAAAGAACUGUAACGCCAGAGGACAGUACUCUGGUAUCUACUCAAUACACUGGAAGGAGAGGCAGACGCCAGAAUGAUUCUAAGCUUAUUGAUGGGAAUUUUCAGUCUGCUUCUGAAGAAAAGGAAAAUACUGAAGUUGGUGAACCUAUUGCUCUGCGAUCUUCACAUGGAGUUAAUGGUCCAGCAGAUAGUGGAACAAAGACACUGAAACAGCUACAUGUGGAGAAUCAUGAUGAAGAAAGGUUCCAAGCUGACCUUAAGAAGGCCGUUCAGCAAAGCCUUGACACAUUUCAUGCCCAUAAGAAGUUGCCCUUGCUGCCUAGUUCAGGGAAUGGACAAAGAGUGUUUCCCAAGGCUGGGACGUUGGGCAAUGCAAAUAGUAUUGGAGAUGUAAAUAAAGUGGAUGUAUAUGGCACUGGGCUAAAGAAUGAAGUUGGGGAAUAUAAUUGCUUUCUUAAUGUCAUCAUACAGUCGUUGUGGCAUCUAGGUAGAUUUCGUGAUGAAUUCCUGAGAACAUCAUCCGAACAUGUUCAUGUUGGUGAUCCAUGCGUGACAUGUGCUUUGUACGACAUAUUUACUGCUUUGAACACUGCUUCAACUGAAGCAUGCAGUAAGACGGUUGCCCCUACUUCUUUGAGAAUUGCCCUCAGCAACCUGUAUCCUGACAGUAGUUUUUUCCAGGAGGGUCAGAUGAAUGAUGCAUCUGAAGUGCUAGGUGUAAUAUUUGAUUGUCUACAUCAGUCGUUUACAUCAGCUUCAGGUGUUUCUGAUACUGAAUCUGCAGAUAGUAGCUGCAUGGGUACGUGGGAUUGUUCAAAUGGUGCUUGUAUUGUACAUUCUCUUUUCGGGAUGGAUAUUUUUGAACAAAUGAACUGCUACAAUUGCGGAUUGGAGUCCAGACAUCUGAAGUAUACAUCUUUCUUUCACAAUAUUAAUGCCAGUGCCCUCCGUACGAUGAAGGUUAUGAGUCCAGAAAGUUCCUUUGAUGCGCUUCUGAAUCUUGUUGAGAUGAACUAUCAGUUAUCUUGUUAUUCUGAGGUUGAUGAAUGCAGGAAGCUUAACUGCAUCCAUCAUAUCCUCUCUACUCCACCUCAUGUGUUUACCACAGUCUUAGGUUGGCAAAAUACUUGUGAGAGUGUAGGUGACAUAACAGCAACAUUAUCAGCUCUAUCCACUGAGGUGGACAUAAGUGUACUUUAUCAUGGUCUAGCUCCUAAAAACAAACAUUGCUUAAUUUCAAUGGUUUGCUAUUAUGGGCAGCAUUAUCACUGUUUUGCCUACAGUUGUGAUCAUGGGAAGUGGGUCAUGUAUGAUGACAAAACUGUGAAGGUAAUUGGUGACUGGGAUGAUGUUCUUGUUACGUGUGAAAGAGGGCAUUUGCAGCCACAGGUCCUUUUCUUUGAAGCUGUAAAGUAGUUUGAUUCAGAAAAGAUGCAAACACAUUGAUCUGACCUGCAUGUUCUGGACUGACUGAGCAAAGAGGUCGCAAAUUCAUACUCUGGAAAAUAUAGUUGUACAAACCCAAGUUGUAGUAUACAAACAAGUUUUGUCGUGAUGGAGAAAAAUAGGAGUCACCGACGUGUGGAAAAAUUUCAUAGAGAUCUGUCUCAUGAUUGGUGGACAUCAUGUAAUACAAAAGCAAGUGUAGGCUUGUGACAUCCUUGAUACCUGGAUACCGUAUGGCAGAAGCAAGUUUUUGCAUAUGCUAGUUCUCUAAAAUUUUUGGACCCUUACAAUGAGGUGGCAAGCUUGAGUAUAGUGAAACAUUUGCUACCAUUUGCCUACAAAGUGCCUUGUAUAUGAUAUUGCUUCUGUACGUAGGGAAUUUGCAUCUUUUGUCCAUUUUUAAUGUAAGGAAGCUGUGUAUAUUGUCUUA